AACCCCCCUAGUUUCAUCACCCUUGACCAGUGCGCGAUGAAGCACGCUGUGGAGGUGUUGUCGCAGCGGCUGUCGGAAGUGUUGCCGACCAUGGGCACAACGGACAUGGACCCGCUCAUCUUGGACGGCGACGACAUGACGACCAACUCGUCGGGAACGGCGUCUUCUUCGUCGGUUUUGCCCGUGCCAACUACCGCCGUGCAGUUGCACCCGGCCGUGCAAAGGAAACACCAGCGUGUGGGGCUGUGCCUUCAAGUGAUUGGCGCCGUGUGCUUGAGUUUCAUGGCAGUGCUUGUCAAGCAUACGUCGCGAGCCGUGGCAGUGGAAACGCUCGUGUUUUGGCGGUCAUUCCUCGCUCUUGGGGCAAAUGUGUCCCUCCAACGGCACUAUGGCAUGCCCUAUUUCACCAUCUUCAUCGACGAUUUGCAACCCAAAGUGCAACUUCAGAGCGUGUUGGGGUACCUCGAGACGACAUUGUCAUUCCACGCAGUGGCGGCCCUGCCAGUGUCUGAUGCCAGCGUUGUGUUGGGCUCGAGCUCCGUUCUCACGUGUCUUGCAGGCUACAAGUUGCAGCAACUACGCAAUAAAGGCAAUAGCAAAGUCAGCAUUAGUCCCGUGGAAUGGGCACUCGGAGCGCUGCCGCUAUUCGGGUUGUUGUUCGUCCAGGGGCCAUUGUGUCUACUUCCCCAGUCUGCCGGUAUAGAUCUCAACAGCAGUAACCUCGCAUUUCUCGGAGGGUUCGCGGCCGCCAUUUUGACUGGCGUGAUGUGGGUGGUGAUGCCGCACCUGCACGAGAUUUCGCCCUUGCCAGUGAUCACGCACACGUUGGCACUGAGUUGCGUCGUGUCGGGUCUGAAAACGUUCUUGUUCCCAGAGGCGGUGGCGGCCACGGACGAGGCGCGGCCCCUUCCCCGGCUUGUCACGGAGGUCGUGUUGAUGGCGCUAUUGGGGUGCGUAGGUCAGAUCAGCGUCACGCGGGGGUGCCAAUUGUAUCAGAUCGAGCCGUUGCCCCUAGUUCCGUUCGCCACGGGACUGGUGUGCAUGCUCGCGUUGGACGCCGUCGUUUUCAAGGAAUACCUCCCCAUAGGGCCAACGGUCGCAGUCAUGGUUGCAGUGGGGGCCACCUGCACAUUAAUUUAUCGAAAAAACGCCAAGUAGGACCCACAGAAUUUCGUACCAUACCCUGUAAAUGUAAUGGAUACAAGCAUGGCAAUCCGCAGAAUGAUGAGAUGAA